AUGAAGCCCCUAUCGGUCUUGCUGCCCUGUGCAGCACUCGCCCAAUAUGUCGCUGCCCAAGGCGCAUACCUCUUCACCAUCGACCGCUCCAUCACCACCCCGUCGACCGGCAUGAUCGACUCAGAGAUGGCCAGCGCCAUUAUCGCGAGACGAAGAGCCCUGACGGCCGAUCGAUACCUGGGCAUCACGGACUCGAUGCUGCUCGAGGAUCUCAAUACCUAUGGAGGAUACCAGGCCCCACUGUUUGGAGAGAGCCAUUCUAAAGAUGCGCCAGGGAAGCUGUUCAUCAGAAUAUCCGGGGCCGAUAUGCAGAUUAACGACUUUGAUAUGGCUAUGCCUGAUCUGUGGAUCUCCGAUCCCACAAAAGACCUACUCAGCGACUUCAAGGCGGUGGCUGAUGGGAGUCGUAAGGACAAGGACGGACUCUGCGAGUACGCCGUUCCCCCUUCUCGCAAUGCGCCCAACAGCCAGGGGGUCGAGGUCGUUUUCACCUACCCUGUCGAAAAUGGAAGAUGCCUGGCGGCGUCAGAGAUUCCAAACAUCCCAAUCAUCCUCUCCCUCAACCAUUUUCUGCCUACGAACCCAUCGGACGUCAAGACCAAACUGAACGCCUUGGUCCGCAUCCUCAAACACUUCUCCGCCACCGACAACGUCGAAUCCACCCUUCUCCUGCUUCCCUCGGCGAAGAAACUCAAGAACCCCAAGAAGAAAAAGGCCCCCAGCCACAAGCACGCCGCCCGCUCAGCACAAGAAUCCGAGGAGGAGCGCCUGGACCUCCCAUCCACCACACCCUCCAUCUCUGACGUGGAGUCAAUCCGACCCGCCAAUACUUCCGCCAACUUCACCCUCCCCUCUGUGAUCCCCGCCUGUUUCGCUUCGCAAUCUGCGUGUGAGAACACCACCAACUCGUGCUCCGGCCACGGCUCCUGCUACAAGGCCCACAGCAAUUGCUUCAAGUGCCGCUGCACCUCCACUCUUGUCCGUGUCAACGAGGAUGGGACGAAGAAGACAGUGACGUGGGGCGGAAACGCGUGCCAGAAGAAGGACGUCUCGGUGCCGUUUAUCAUGUUCGCCACGUUUGGCGUGGUCAUGACCGCGUUGGUGGUGGGGGCGAUCGGGAUGCUGUACAGUAUGGGAGCGCAGGAAUUACCCAGUGUGAUCGGAGCUGGUGUCGCAGGGCCCCGGACGGCGAAGUAG